AUGGGCCCCUGUACCGCCUCCCCAUGCUGCUGCCAGGCCCGUAAUCUGCCAUGGGCCCCCCCCGUACCAACUCCUCAUGAUGCUGCCAGGCCCGUAAUCUGUCAUGGGCCCCUGUACCGCCUCCUCAUGCUGCUGCCAGGUCCAGAGUGUGUCAUGGGUCCAUGUACGGCCUCCCAUUGCUGCUGUCUCCAUCGCCACACUCUGCCAUGUGCCACUUUCAGGUCUCCUCACACUGCUGGUGGUUUCCAUUUUUGUCAUAGAUUGCUGUAUGGCCUCCCAAUUUAGCUGCCUCCCACCGCCACACUGUGGCUCCACACUCUGGUUUUGGCCCCGUGACUGCCCAAAUGAGUGAAGUGUGUGGCGGUGAUUCUAAGAUCGACGGCACUCAUCUGCAUGUCAUACUGACUGUCAGUAUUAUUUCUCUUCCCCAGCAGACUCCAAGGGCAUUUAAAUUAAAGGUACAGUGUUCUGCACUAAUAUAA